ACAUAGAGUUGAUAUGUGCUUCUUCAUUUACGUGGGUGUCUGCCUUCAUCACUAUUUUAUUCCCUGUUUUUAUAAGGGCUAUGUCAACUAUCUCUAUGAUCUGUCUGCACAUAUAGCUGUAUUUACAGGCAUGUAGGGCAUCUGUGUCUCUUCUCUUUGAGGUAGGUGUCAUUCUCAUGCAAUAUACAAAUGCAGAAACUGCAGGUGAUUUGCCACAGCCCAAGUCUCUGCCCAAGCUGUAAUUAAACACUGCAGCUUUUGCCUCCCAGCUUCCUCCCACUUCUUCCUCCUCCUCAGCAACCCGGGUGAGUGACUGCAGGUGAACAAUCUCCGCUCAAAGGUGUGUUGCUGUGCAAUCAACACUCUUGGAGUGCUCUUCGGGACCAUGAAGAAGGACAUGGACCACGAAGUGGAUGAGAUUGCUCGGGUCUUGCUGCGGAAGAUGGGGGACUCCAGCGACUUCAUUCAGACAGCAGCCAAUCAGUCCCUGGGGCUCAUGGUGGGGAGUGUGACUCCUGCACGAGCAAUGGCUGCUCUCAUGGCCAGUGGAGUCCAACACCGCAAUGUCCUGGUGCGCAAGACUGCGGCCGAACACCUCCUGACUGCGAUGGAGCGAAUUGGAGCCAAGAAGCUCCUUUCAGGCAUACCUACCAGUACUGAGGUGCUGGUGUGCAUGCUGGUGAAUCUUGCUCUGGACUGUCAUCAGGACACAAGCUUCUUUUCAGUCCAUAUUAACAAUCGAGAUGAAGAAGCAGCAGAGGUUCUUGAAUGAGGAUGCGGAUGGCGAUGGGAGGAAACCAAAUGCCAUCCCUCCCCUGGAUGACUGGGCCAGUGAGGCUGAUGUGCAAGACUUCAGCACUGGGCAAGGAGGUGACCACCCCCACCUUUCUCACCAAGCCUUGACCCAGGACCCCCAAGAGAGGGAGGCAAGCAGCGCUGACUCGGGUACCAUCCAGAUCAAAGACAAGCUGAAGACGAAGAUGAUGUCUGAGGGCCUGUCAGCCUCAUACAGAGGUAAGGCGGGAACCUGCCUGCUCACCUGUGGGAAGAGGGGUCUUUUCCCAGCCUAGAAAGCUAGUGCACAUUCCCAGGGAACAGUUGUUCCCUGCAUGUGCCCCCUGCAAUAACCUUCCCUGUUGCUGUAGGGGUGUACAACUGUGAGGCAGGGAGAGGAGCUGGAGGGUGAAUGUGCAGGUGAAUAAUUCUGGGUAUGCACAGGUCCGUGGGCUCUCUGUUAUUCGACAGGAGUCCAGAGGACCAGGGUGCUCCUCUGGUGGCUCUGUGGGAGUGCGUAAGUGUUGUCCACUGGCCUGCUUCAAGUGGCUGAGCAGAGAGCAAAGGAUAUAAAGUAAGGAAACCAAGCCAAGCAUGUGUAGUGGAUCUUCAGUUUAUUUCCAGUAGGCAGAGCUCUGAGAUCUUUUUCUGCAGUGUGAGCCCAGGGAAGCAGCUGAGCCAAGGAAGUGCUCAGCUGAGCUGCAGGGUGGGAGCUCUGCUGAACUUCAAAAAAUGACGGUCAGCCCGAAAUUAACUGUGUGGGAGCUGGAGAGCACCAAGUAUCCAGAGAGCACAGUGUCCUGAGACAAUGUGGAGAAUGCAAAACUGCCGGCAGAUCCUCUUUGAGCACAAGGGGCUGCCGGCGAGAAUAAUGAGUCUAAUUCAAUUUGAAUUUAACAUCAAUACCCUUUAACGAACUCUUAACAACACUGAAUGGCAAUGUCCCCGAAUACACGUUUUAACAACCCUUAUAUACUCUUUGCGUAGUGGUCACACGACAAACACAGGCAACGAUUGGUUACUCUCUGCAGUCACGUGUCCCCCGCCUAUGGUGAUUCGCUGCGGGGCACUGCCCACGAGCUGUUCACGCGCAGGGAUGACAGUGCCCCUCAUGCAGCUUUAGGCGGGAAGACAGACCAGCUUCUGUUUACUUCCGUGCGGUCCUAGUGCACCUCAGCCACAUCAAGCGCUGGCUUGUUCACACCAAACAGCCAAAAAACUCUCGACAGCACAGUAGAACCUGGGCCAAAGGGCUAGUAGGGGAAAGGCGGUAAGCAGAAAACAAAGAUGUGCUUGAGAAAAGCAGGUUUUGUCUGUGUGCAAAGUGACUACGUGGGGACUUGGCUGGAGUUCAACAAUGCCUGGUAGGUGCUUUAGGGACGAGAGGCUAGUUGUGGGACAUUUGAGUGAUUUUCUUGAAGUUAAUGGACAUUGUAUGGAAUUGAACUGAACAGGCCUCUGAGGCCUAUGUAUUCAGCAAGAGAGCAAGUGAGCAAGAGUCGAGCAGCCUACGUGUCUUACGUGACUUUAUACAACCUUGGGUAAAACAAAAGAAAGACUGUCUAGUGAAGAAAAGAAUCAGCAAGUCAGCUAUAAUAUAGAUACAUUUUGUAUAAUAUUAGAGCCUAUGUAAGAAUUGUAUAAUCCAAUCACCUAUUAGUUUGCGGCGCGUGAACAGCAGCUAUUGACCAAUUACAAGUAGCCUUCUGAUGCAUGGACAGCGCGUGGACAGGUCAAAAUUUAAGGAGAGUUAUAACAAGUAAUAAACGGCUUCACUUGAA